AUGGUGCCCACGCCAAGCACACAUAAGCGGGCAAGACCAGCAUUCUCGCCUCUCAGACCCGGCAAGAAGUCCAAGACGACAUCUUCCACGACGAGCGUGACGAAAAAGAAUGGCGCAGAUGGGGUCGUGAAGAAAUCUACGGCGGGUGUUACGGGCUCGAGGAAUAGAGUGACGAGUAAAAAGACACAGCAGGUGCGGAAAGAGACGUCGAAGCAGAAACAGAAGCCAGGACAAACACAAGUCCGGCGGAGGAAGGCCGCGAAAGGGACGAUGAGGGCUGUUCUGGAUGAUUCGAGUGAUGGGGAGGAGGAUGAGGUUAGAGGGAGAAUUGAUGAGGACGAUGAGGACGAUGAGGACGAUGGUCAGGAGCAAGAGGAGGAGGAAGAUAUUGGCAGGAGAAGGAACCGCUACCUUCUCGAUGAAGCCUCCUCAGAAUCAGAUGCAGAGGAAGCCGAAGAUGAUGACGAGGAUGAAGACAACGAUGAGUCCCGAGUCUUGAACCACAAUAGCGACUCAGAAUCAGAAGCCCAAGCCUCGUCACCAGAACCAGAAUUCAUGCUCGCCGAAGUCAUCCACCACGACCACGACCGCCCCAACACGAGUUCCAAGUCAAACCGCAAAAACACAUCAGAGUCCGAUCUCUCCAUACCCCUCCCACUGAUCCACCACAUUAUGCGCUCGCAAUUCACGACGCCGGACAAGACGUCCCUGUCGACGGAUGCGCGCGCCCUGAUGGGAAAAUACGUAGAGGUGUUUGUGAAGGAGGCCAUCCAUCGGUGUGCGUUGGAUCGGGCGGAGAGGGAGAAGACUCGCGGUAGCGGCGGCGGCGGCGGCCACAAUGUGGGCAUCGGCGAUGAUGGGUGGUUGGAGGUCGAAGAUCUCGAGCGCGUGGGGGUGCAGUUGUGUUUGGAUUUCUGA